CGUUUGUUUACACCACAAACUUCAAAGCCAAUUUACCAAAGCCGCGCCUUGUGAUAGAAACAACAAAAUACGGCACAAAUAGCGGCGUUUGCCUGUGGAAUCUUCUAAUUUCAUUCAAUAACUCAAUCCAAUCAUUAAAAUGGCUGAAGAGGAACAGAUGCCCAUUAUUCCCGUGAAGGAACCAUUGGAUCUUAUCCGGCUUAGUUUGGAUGAAAAAAUCUACGUUAAAAUGCGCUACGAACGCGAGUUGCGCGGACGAUUGCACGCAUUUGAUCAACAUCUCAACAUGGUGCUGGGCGAUGCCGAAGAAACAGUCACCACGGUAGAGAUUGACGAAGAAACGUACGAGGAGGUGUACAAAACUACCAAACGCACCAUUCCAAUGUUGUUUGUGCGCGGCGAUGGAGUCAUUCUGGUUUCACCUCCGAUGCGUGUCGGCAGUUAAGCGGUUUAAUUUAUCUAUCGGCAAAAGAUUUAAAGAAACGAUUCUAACAUGUUUAAGUGAAAUUCGGUAAA